CUACCUCGUGCCAUGCGCAUUGCAUGUCUUCCCUUACUUGUUCAGCCUUGAAUCAAAAGUACCCAGGUGGAGCUCGUUUUUGAGUUGCCAUUGCAAUUACUGGUGCAUUUAUUCGUCUGGCCUGACCUGAUCUGGCCUGACCUGGCUAAAACGUCUCCGAAUAAUCAUUGCAGUUUCCCCUCCUCUUGAAAGUGGGAAGUCAUCACUUACUACUUCGUACACUCACGCUGCAUUCAGUCGAUUCAUCUUCCCUAAGCCUCUACAACUCUGAUUCGAAUCUACGCCAUCUCCUUCAGUCGUUAUCGUGAUUUCCAUUAUACACGCACUGUGAUCUACUAGUUGUCAACACUUGGCAGAAUGUCAGCAAUACAUAUCGACAAGGCGGUCGCAAAGGAUGAUCUGGAAAUCCCGCUUAUUGACUUUUCUCUAUUCCUGUCUGGGGAUACAGCAACGAAACAAGCCACGGCCCAGGCAGUCUUGGAGGGGUUCCAGAAAUCAGGCUUCAUUUACUUGAAAGGCCAUGGCAUUUCUCCUACCACAAUCUCGAACGUUUUUUCUCAUUCGGCCAAAUUCUUUGCACGUCCACAGCAGCAAAAGGACGCCCUGGCUUGGUAUUCUCCCGAGGCAAAUCGUGGAUACACCGCCCAAGGCCGCGAGAAGGUAACAGAUCUAGAAGAAAUUGACGACGUUGCUAAGCUUCGGACUUCCAUUCCGGAUUUGAAAGAGUCCCUUGAGAUUGGCCGCGAGGGGGAGGCAGGUAUGCCCAACAUGUGGCCGUCUGUCGAUGGCGAUGAAGAAGCGAAGACCUUCAAGGAGGUCAUGGUAGGGUUUCACGAGACAUGCAAGGGCCUACAUAUGGAACUCAUGCGUGCAAUCGCAAUUGGCAUGGGUAUAGAGGAGAAUUGGUUCGAUUUAUACACCGACGUUGGUGAUAAUACGUUGCGUUUACUCCAUUAUCCUGGUGUCAGCAAGUCCGUGUUCAAAAGGGAAGAUGGUCAGCUCCAGGUAAGGGCGGGCGAGCAUAGUGAUUACGGCUCUAUAACCCUUCUGUUCCAAGAUGCUCGCGGCGGUCUCCAGGUCCGCUCGCCUCGUGGGACAUUCGUCGAUGCGGAACCUAUUCCAGGCACCAUUGUCAUCAACGCAGGCGAUCUACUUGCUCGCUGGUCCAACGAUACAAUCAAAUCAACGAAGCAUCGUGUUGUUGAGCCUCCGCCCCAAAUGAGGGAAGACCAAUCGAGUUUCUACCCUCCACGGUACUCUGUAGCAUACUUCUGCAAUCCAAAUUUUGAGCGUAUAAUUGAAGCUAUUCCUGGUACAUACGAGGAAUCAGGAAAGAAGUACGGUGCAAUCAAAAGUGGGGAUUACUUGGUAAGGAGAUUGACUGCAACGUAUUGAUAGGAUGAUGUAGUUGGGCUUGCAUUCUCAAAAUCAGUUUCAUUUGAG